GCAAGCCAGUAACAAAAUAGUGGCGGAGAAGAACGGUCGAAACGAUGAGGGAAAUUGUUCAUCUGCAGGCGGGCCAGUGCGGAAAUCAGAUCGGCUCCAAGUUCUGGGAGAUCAUCUCUGACGAGCAUGGGAUCGACCCCACUGGCAUGUACCAUGGCGACAAUGAUCUUCAGCUUGAGAGGAUAAAUGUGUACUACAACGAGGCAGCCCGCGGCAAGUAUGUACCGCGAGCAAUUCUGGUGGACCUCGAACCCGGAACCAUGGAUUCAGUACGCUCGGGACCGUUCGGGCAGCUGUUCAGACCGGACAACUAUGUGUUCGGACAGAGUGGGGCAGGGAACAACUGGGCAAAAGGCCACUACACAGAAGGUGCCGAGCUAGUGGAUUCUGUUCUGGAUGUCCUGCGCAAAGAGGCAGAAGCCUGUGACUGCUUGCAGGGGUUCCAGCUGGCCCACUCACUGGGCGGGGGCACAGGCUCUGGCAUGGGGACAUUGCUCAUAUCCAAGAUACGAGAGGAAUACCCCGACAGAAUAAUGAACACAUUCAGUGUUGUGCCUUCUCCAAAGGUGUCAGACACAGUGGUAGAGCCAUACAAUGCAACCCUAUCAGUGCAUCAGUUGGUUGAGAACACUGAUGAGACAUUCUGCAUAGACAACGAGGCUCUGUACGACAUCUGUUUUCGCACGCUCAAACUCACCUCACCCACAUACGGGGAUCUCAACCAUCUCGUCUCCGUCACAAUGUCAGGGGUAACAACAUGCCUGAGGUUCCCAGGCCAGUUGAACGCUGAUCUCCGUAAACUGGCAGUCAAUAUGGUGCCUUUUCCACGCCUGCAUUUCUUCAUGCCUGGGUUUGCCCCACUGACAGCACGAGGGAGCCAACAGUACCGUGCCCUCACUGUGCCAGAACUCACACAACAGAUGUUUGACGCUAAGAACAUGAUGGCAGCUUGCGACCCCCGUCAUGGACGAUACCUCACUGUAGCAGCCAUCUUUAGGGGUAUGAUGUCCAUGAAAGAGGUUGAUGAACAGAUGCUUAAUGUUCAAAACAAGAAUUCCAGUUACUUCGUGGAAUGGAUCCCAAAUAACGUGAAGGUUGCAGUAUGUGAUAUUCCUCCACGUGGUCUUCGGAUGUCAGCAACAUUCAUUGGUAACACAACUGCAAUCCAGGAGAUAUUCAGACGCAUUUCUGAACAGUUCACAGCAAUGUUUCGGCGCAAAGCAUUCUUACACUGGUACACAGGAGAGGGGAUGGAUGAAAUGGAGUUUACAGAAGCAGAAUCCAACAUGAAUGAUCUCGUGUCUGAAUAUCAGCAAUAUCAGGAUGCUACCGCCGAGGAUGAUGUUGAGUUUGAUGAGGAAGAAGAGCUAGUGGAGGAAGCGGAAUGAUAAUUCUUACACCACAGACACUGUCUUCCUUCAUCCAAUUUAUAAUGUUAAAUAAUAAAAUAAGUUGAUUUAUAAAUAAACUGUUCAAGGAAACAGAA